GGUCAAACAAGGAUUUAUCAUGGAAUGCUAGUAAAUACAAUGGUGUUGAAGCAGUGUAUGUAAGCCCUGGACGAAUUUGGACGCCAGACAUUUUAUUAUAUAAUAGACAGAGCGAGGAUAAAAAGAAAACAUCCAAGACUUUGUACUACUCGAGUGCCGAGGAGAACGAUCGUUUGGCUGGUGGCACUGAGAAAUAUAAAACACACAUAAAAGUCUCACACGAUGGAAGUAUUUCGUGGCUUUCACCCGCCAUGUUCAAAAGCACUUGUGAUAUCAAUACAAGAUAUUUUCCAUUUGAUGACCAAAAGUGUUCGUUAGAGUUCGGUUCAUGGGCAUUUGACGCGUCUCAGGUGGAUUUGAUUGUUAGCAACGAUUCAGGAGUCCAGAAMAGAGUUUACCAAGCGAAUACUGAGUGGGAACUUCUGGAUUUUAAAUUUUUUGUGGAACAGGCGAAGUAUGCAGGCUUCAAGUACCMCUACCCUAAAGUGGUCCUUGAGGUCCAUUUAAGACGUCGUUACUACUACUAUCUCGUCAACCUUGUGGUGCCUUGCUCACUAAUUGCUGUCAUGGUUCUACUUUCAUUCGUGCUACCGCCGGAGUCUGGAGAACGAGUGAGCCUGGGUAUCACAGUCUUGAUGGCAAUGGCUAUAUUCCAAGAAUUGACUUCAGAGAAGUUACCAGUGGAAUCAAAAUUCACUCCAUUAUUGGCUCAAUAUUACUCAAGUGCUAUAGCCGAGAUUGGACUAGCGCUGUUCGCGACCUCUAUCAUCCUAAACUUUCACUAUCGAAAGAGCAAAAUGCCUAAUUGCUUGAGAAAAUUGGUCUUUUCGUACAUCGGCCCGUUAGUUGGAAUAAAGAACAAGUCAAUCAARCAGUCGUCAAAAAAAAGCAAGAGCAAAAACGGCUCAUCAAAUAACUGCGAGUUAAAAUCACUGAAACUGAUUCAAAAUGAGAACUUAGAGAAUGAGUUGAAUGAUUGUGAAAACAAUGUGCGGGAAUCACACAUYUUAGACGACCGAGAACAGACCGACUGCAUGGAUGAAAAGCGACUGUCUAACGAGAUGGAAGUGAUGGAAUCCAACUCGAUUGAAUGGCAGAGAGCUGCUCAAGUUCUUGAUAGAUUCAUUCUAGUGAUUGCUACUAUCUUAAGCAUGUUAACCUUUGGAGCGAUUUUCAUUCAAGCACCUCGAGUACGAGCAGGCCUUCUUGGCACUACAGCUACAACUCUCGAAGAACAUUUACAUCUCUAGUCAAAGUAAAGGCCUCUCAAAGGAAAAUCGUGAACUCAARGUGAAGGAUGCAAAAGCGAGAAUUCUAAUCUGAUGACUCGCAAACUCGUACGUCUCUAGGAGAAAGGGCAUAUACAUAUGCAGGAUUAAAGAUGAUUAACAGAGACAUGUUGUCCAUUUAACUGCAUGACUUAUUGAGAGCAGGUUUUAAUGGAAUGCAAGUUAAUAUAAGAUUGAAAUUACGACUUACUUUUUAUAGUCGUUCCUUACUGGACCUGAGAAUUGUUAGUAGACUACUAGUUAAUACUACUAAGGUAGACCUUAGCUCAUUUUGUUGUUUACUAAAUUUGUUUCGAUCAUAGUUUUAUAUCAAAUUAGUUUCUUUUCUGGACUUCCUGUGGUGACAAAACCUACAGUACCUCUACAGAUUUCAAGUCCUUUUUCGGUCAAAAAGCAAGAUGGCUUCACUUUAGUAUGUUUUCACUCCAUUCAAUGUUAUAAAUUAGCAAUUCUGGAAAAGAAAAUCGGCUUAGUUUUGGUGAAAAAAAAAAUUCGAUUUCCAAAUAAGGUGUGUAAGUUCAAUUCUUUAUAUGGAAAAAGAAAUAGCUUGAACGAAAACAACACAGUUUUUAGGGCAUCUCUUGAUAUGUUUCUGUUUGUUUCAUGAAUAUAUAGCGAAUAAUAAUAUUCACGACACUUCAAAAAUAGGUGUGAAUUCAUGAAUUCGUUUCCCAUAUAAUAAUUUUUUUGUGUAAGUACGCAUUAUUUCAAAUCAGAGUUUUUUUUAUAAAGAUUACAUAUCUUGAUCAAACUUGAUAUGGGGGAAAAGAAUCAGUGUCUGCGUUAAAAAAACUUUCCAUUUUGUUCAUGGAUUUCAAUUAAAAUUUCAAUGCUAGUCGUACAGUCGUACAUGUACAAAAACAAUUAUUCCGUUUUAUAUUAGGAGAGCGGUUUUGGAUUAAAAAAAAAACGAGCAAAUCUCGGAACUUAACAGCAAUAUUUGAUAUCAUGAUCUCAAAAGGGUAAUGAUUUCUGUGAAAAUAGAUGAUUAGUGUGAUUUGAGCAUGCGCAUCUUUACCGUGCUUACUUGUAAUCCCACAUGCAAAACUCGUGAAACACGACCAAACAAUGGUCUCUACAUUUAAGCAUAAAAAUUCGUCUAAUAUAAAGACAAAUUGUCAACCAGCAUCCGUUACGAGGUUUUGAGUAUUUUGUAUUAAUUAUAAGCGAAUAUUCCCUGUUUAUUAUCUCGUUUAAUAUAUGAUCUAUGAAUGGAGAUACUCUGUUUAAGCUAGAUUCCCUUUUAAACGGAACGCAUUGUGAAAAGACAUUCGAGCAUACAUCAUUUUCCGUAGAUGAAAAAUCUAAAACAUUGGGUGCUGGUUGGUGAUUGUCCUUUAAUUUCAUCUCGAUGCAAAACAAGAAACACUUUGUAGUGUAUUUUCCCAUACGGACACUAGUGAAACGUUUGAUUUAGUUUAUCAUGGCAUGCAACUAUUUUCUUGAUAAAUAAUGAUAAUUUUAGAAAGAAUUAGC